UCAGAUACUCCCUCUCCACUGACCAAAAACAUUUGUGCUAGACACUAGCGCACUUUAGACGACACUGGUUUUUAUAAAAGUCUUACCGUUAUUUGUUAGCCUGAGUCAGCCGAUAUAGUUUUUUUGAAUAUGGUCUGUGGCGGUUUCACCUGUUCCAAAAAUGCGCUGUGUUCCCUGAAUGUGGUUUACAUGCUGGUUGGGCUACUGCUGAUUGGAGUAGCAGCAUGGGGGAAGGGCUUUGGCCUGGUGUCAAGCAUCCACAUUAUUGGAGGGGUCAUUGCUGUGGGUGUCUUUCUGCUGCUCAUCGCUAUUGUGGGACUCAUCGGAGCAAUACAGCACCAUCAAGUCAUGCUUUUCUUUUACAUGGUCAUUCUUUUCAUCGUUUUCCUCUUCCAGUUUGGAGUUUCCUGUUCCUGCCUGGCAAUGAACCGUGGUCAGCAGGUGGCACUUCUAAAUUCCACUUGGGGAAUCAUUAACAAUAAAACCAAGGCAGACCUAGAGAACCAGCUGGACUGCUGCGGGCUGUUCAACAGCAGCAAUAGCCAGACACAGUUUGAUCAGGAUUUGCAAAACUGCCCUGCUUCAUGCAAAAAGCAGAGUGCCUGUUACACCUGCGGCGAGAUGAUGCUGCAUCAUGCAACAGAGGCUCUGAAGAUUCUCGGGGGUGUCGGACUCUUCUUCAGUUUUACAGAGAUCCUUGGAGUGUGGCUCGCCGUGCGCUACAGAAACCAGAAGGAUCCACGAGCAAACCCAAGUGCUUUCCUAUAGUUUGUUCCAUGUACACAGUGCAGUGCCGUUGAUGCAGUUUCACACACACUGGUACACAUAGAACAAUGCACAUCUAGAGGCAGACACUCAGGCAUAUAAUACAGAGCCACACCAACCACAACAACACAGAAUGGACAAGCGCAUGCAGCACCUGGAAAAACAAAAACAACACACUGAGAAACACACACUUUCACCAGAGAAUGAGAAACAAAAACAACUAGAAUUUUUGUCAGGGCUCCAGCUGGAAGAUCUGGGUACUUAUGUAUGAAAGGAUGACUUGUAAUGGCAAGAAGCACGACUUGUUAGACACAACCUUGAUGUGAGUACCAGAUCUCCUGGUUGUGACCUGCUAGUUUCCAACUAUGUCCCAAGCAAUGAGGCUUCUCUGCAUGUGUCCUACACCUGCACAGGCAAACAGUGUCUUUGUUGAUUUCAUUCCACGCAACAACCAAAUGACUGUGUGGUGUCCAGCAGGUAAUUUGUAUGCACCUUGAAAUUUUCCUCUUGUCUUUAAUGUAGUGCCACCACUUAAUGACAGAUACUGUAUAUUCCUCUGGUCAGUGCAAUCAGUGAUGUGUAGGACUGUAAACCCAAACAUGUCCAAUGUGGUAAGAAGGUCAGCUGAGUGAGGGGACAUGGUGUAAAGUACUUAUUGAAAUGUAUGUGUGUGUUUUUGUCACAUGCCACCAAUGCUGGGAUUAACAGGUGUAGGAUGUCCUAGAUUUUAGGUAGUUGCUAGUCAUUGGGUUCAAAUAUUUAUGAACUUUAACUGAACCAACUAACUUUUAACAGUUGGAUAUAUUGGGAUGCCAGCGGACUGCAGCCUUGAUGUUGUACAUAGACUAUAAAUACUGUAGUUCACGAAGCCGUUGUCGAUGGGUUUGCCAUAUAGCUGCCCCUCUAGUUUUGAAGUUUACCUGCUUAGUUGAGGUCUGAAGGCCACAAAGUUCCACCCUUCUUGUAUUUAAUAUGUUCUUUUGUGUCGCACAGUGAUGUUGCUUAGGAUAGAUUCUAGUAGGUAAAGUGGAUUCAGGUACUUGUCAUUACCUCCUGUGUAACUGGAAGAAAUCAAAAAUCUAAAACAUUAUGUGCUCCCCAGUUGAAAAUAAUUGGGUGAAUUUGGUCGAAACUGCUCAAUGCAAACCCAGUUUUGUUUGUAUAGUGUUAAUUGUGAAAAUGUGCUCUUGGUUGCAAUUAUUACUUUACAUAUCCUUUUAAGUGUUAAUAUUUUGAAAGCGAUUGUUCUUUUGUGGAAUGAUUUGUUUGCAUAAUUGUUCUGUUGCCAUCAGCGCUCUUUGUUCAUCAGUGUUAAAUGCUUUGUAAAAGCUUGUUGUAUAAUUUCAGAAUCUAUUUAAGUUAAGCACAUUAGGCUAAAGAUAUGUUGUCGUUCUGGUGAUGUAAUUUUUAAAGUUUGACCAUUCUUGUUGAUAAAUCACUGCUCUUUAAUUCUGUUUUUUAAGGACUAACAGACUGUAACUACAUGUCUUACUUGAAACUGUCAACUUUGCUGAUAUGGAUUUCUCCUGCUGCUGGUUUGGAGUUCUCGCUGGUGUAGACAAACAUCUGGACAGAUCUUAAACAUUAUGCCAUAUAUUACACCUCGCAUUGAAUUUGUGUGCACUUGUUAUUCAGAUGUAUCUUGAAUUUUUGAGACUUAAUUUUCCAAAUAAUAAAUCCUAAAAUUGGGA